GUCAAAGAUGGAUUCCUAUCCUGACGUACAGGAACACGAAUCUUGUGCAAAAAGAAUUAAACUUGAUGUUGCCGAGUCUAAUAUAGGUGAAUUGUGCAAAGGAAUAGGAUUUUCCUGUUUUUCCACAUCAUCAACGGGCCCGAUUGACAUUACUGAAGGUAUAUCAGCAGAUUGUGACUCAGGAUAUGAAGCCUCUACACUAGAAUCAAUGCCCACUCCCCUUCAUCACACAUCCCCUCGAACAGAUCCAGGAGAUAUUCAAGAAAGUAUGUCAAGCAUUUCCGAGUCCUUCACACAAACACCGACUCACACAGAUCAACACGACGUAUCCCAGGAUAGCCUGGAAAUUGAAGAUGACGAUAACGCUUCCACUGUCAGUGAAUUAAGCGGCCUAUCCGAAUUAUCUGGUCAAGAUUGGAAACCCAUGGCUGGAAGUAUGAUCUGGAUUCAACAACAAAUGCAAAAAGGUGUUAAUCCUAGAGAAAUUUUGGCAGAACUAGGAGUGGAUGGACAAAUUCCUGACUAUGUAGAUGAUCUUACAGUAUGGAAACUUAUCAUCAACAUGUUAUCUGAACCGCCACGUAGAAAUAAACUUAGACAUAUCAAUACGUUGGAUGAUGUUGUUAGAUUAUUAAGGGGCGCACAGAAUAUUAUAGUCUUGACAGGAGCAGGAGUAUCGGUUUCAUGUGGUAUUCCUGACUUCCGUUCUAGGGAUGGUAUUUAUUCCAGACUAGCUAUCGAUUUCCCAAAUCUCCCAGAUCCUCAAGCUAUGUUUGAUAUCAGUUAUUUCAGUCAAGACCCCAGACCUUUUUUCAAAUUCGCCCGAGAUAUUUACCCAGGAAAAUUCCAACCCAGUCCUUGUCAUAGGUUUAUUAAAUUAUUAGAAAAACAUAAGAAACUCCUGCGGAACUACACCCAAAACAUUGAUACUCUUGAAAAGGAAGCAGAGAUCGAGCGAGUAAUUGAAUGCCAUGGUUCUUUUGCCACAGCUACAUGUACAAAAUGUGGACAUAAAGUAAGAGCUGAUCAGAUUAGAGAUCACGUUUUGGCCCAAAAAAUACCUCUGUGUCAAGAAUGUCAUCCUAAUGUGGAAAGUUAUGUAUCUACCGAUGAUGUCAGGACAAAUCAAGAGGGUAUGGACUACAGAGAACUUGUUCAAUCAGGUAUAAUGAAACCAGAUAUAGUUUUCUUUGGCGAAGGUCUUCCAGAUACAUUUCACGAAGCAAUGACAGAAGAUAAGUCACAGUGUGACUUAUUAUUAGUUAUAGGAAGUUCUUUAAAAGUCCGACCGGUGGCGCUGAUUCCUAGUAGUCUACCCUCGCAUGUUCCACAGAUUCUAAUCAAUAGAGAACCCCUGAAUCACUGUCAUUUUGAUGUAGAGUUAUUAGGAGAUUGCGACGCUAUUAUAAAUCACCUCUGUAGACUUUUGGGAAGUAAUUGGGAAGAAGGUGUCUACUCUUCCCAAGUCUUGAAGCUAACGAAUACACUUCUACCCCUAGAAGACCCGCCUCCAUUGGAGGUGCAACAUAAAUCAUCAACACUGGACUUUACCCGCCCUAUAGAAUCAGAAUACUCCCGAUGUAUAUGUACGAGUACAAACAGUAGUUCCUUAAGUACAGAAGCGAAUGCAGAAUCACAUUGCACAUGUUUUCACUACAAGUCAAUUAAUCAUGAUAGCGAAUUAGAAACUAAGAUUGUUAAAGAGAGACAUAUGAGUAUAGAUUCAGCGAAAGAUUCCGGUAUUGGAGACAAUUCCAAUUUCACCGAUAAAUACGACGAAUCAGAUGAGAAUGGAGAAGAGAAGAGUAGUAGUUUUUGCUUGGAAAUAUGUAACGAACCAUCCACGUCUUCGGAGAAUUUUAGAAAAAACACAUCAGAUUUGAGAGGAUACUGGCAACCGAAAGUUAAGAAGAGCUUAGCCGAUAGGUUACCAGAAAAUUCGUUCCAUCUAAUACCUCCGUGCCGAUAUAUAUUUCCCGGAGCGGAGGUUUACUACGAUCCAGACGAAAAACUACAUUACGAAGGUCAUUCAUCAAAUUCGGAAGAAUCAGAAAACGGAUCAGAGUGCGGAAGUCAACUUGAUUCAUUGUAGUCUUUUUCACUUUCCCGUUUUUAUUAUCUUUAAGUAUUCCCUCGUUGUUAUUUUUAUAUUUUUUAUGAAAGGAGAAAGUCGUAAAUGUGCUCAUGGUGUAUUUGUUGUUAGUAAAGAGGUUAUGUAUAUUUCGUGUGUGAGUUACGAGAAAGUCUUGUCCCAUAAAAAGUGAUACAGUAUAAGUAAUUAUCAGAAUGUAUGUAGUGCAAACCAUAAUACGAACAUUGGUUAGUUCUUUACUAAGCUACAGGUUGAUUAAGUAUAUUUUACUGUGAUAUUGAAUCAGUCACCUAAAUAUGGACAUCAAUAUGAAUUAGAAGAUGUGAGAGGAGUAAUUAUAUUCUAUAAGAAUUUCCACACUUUUUGUCGCUUAAAACUAUCUAAAAUAGUCCAUUUUGAAAAACAUUAGCUGAAUGAUUGAACUGUUUGAAGUUUAGAGCUUUUAACAAAUAUUUGCAGAUACAUGUCGACUGGGAGGUUUUGAACUAGUUUCACAUAAAUAUUCGAAGCAUUUAUGGAGGCAUGUCUGUUGGAGGGUAUUAAACUAAUAAACCUUCAAUAGAGGGCCAAAAUUUGAUGUUUGAAACUAUUUGCAAAUAUUUGAAGAAUAUAUUAGUGUGAUGUAUUUAAAUAGUUUCUUUUUGAUAAUAAUAAUUGAGACAAAAAAUUGAAGCGUUUCAAAUCAUAUUUAUAACAAAAAUUUUUUCUAAUUUCACACUUAUACUUGAUAUUUUAUUUUGCUUCCUAUUUCCGAUUCUUUUUUUUUUUUUCUAUCUAAGCUAUAAAUUUAUCGAGAAAUAGACAAAAUAUCGAAAACAGUUUCUCUUAUCCAUUCAUUACAAAAAAAGUGAAAUUUGUCAAACUAGAAUUUGUCAUAACUACUCAAAAUAUUGAAUCAUAUAAUUCAGGGUCUAUUGGAACACGUAGUUUUUGGUUCAAAAUAUAUGGGUGAAAAUGGGAAUUUUCACGUAAAACACACACUUUGUUUACUGUGGCACUUUAUGAUUAUUGUUUUUCUGUUAUUUUUUGUAAGUGGCUGUUGUACGGAAGCCUUUUUUCUAAAUAUACAAUAAAAGGCACUCAAUUUGGUAAAUGAAAAUACAAAUUAUCGAAAUUCUGUAUAAACAAAAAAAAAUAGUUGUAAAAAAAUCUCGUUGAUCUCUUUAACAAAAUGUGAAAUUAUUCCGUUUUCUUUUUUUUUAUUUUCUUCGAUUUUUGUUGAAUGAAUCGGUGACGUGAUUGAUUAUUUAUUAGAAACGUGUAAAUGGAUGAGAGCCGGGACUAAUAGGAACCAUUUAAUUUAGGCGGAUAUCCUUUUGAUGUCCCGCUCCUAAGAAUGAUUGCAAAUGAUGUGUACCUUAUUUUUUAUGUAUAAAGGAUAGGAUAUUGAUAGGUCUUGAUUUCUCAGGAUAAUUCUUGGAAAAUCUUGUUGCAUUUACUUUUCAAAACAGGGUGUUGCAGCAUUUUGAUAUAUUUCUUCGACUAAGCUGGAAUUUAUGGAACCGUUAAUGAUAUUACUACUGAACACACAGUUUACACCAACACUCAAUAACUACACUGUCUGACACAGUUUACUUUCAGUCUCUGAUGACGAUAACUUGGUUAUCGAAACGCGCGUCAGACAGUUUAAUUGUGAGUCUUGAUGUAAACUGUGUGCUCAGCAUCGAAAUAGAACAAAAUUGUGAUUUUCAACGUUUACUAUAAAUUUAAUCUUAAUAAAUAAAAAUGUAAACUACAAUAGUUGAUUUGUAAAAUUUACUAACCCCAUUCAUCUCGAUUUGUAACUAACUAGUGAAAUUAAUUAAUUAGUCUAGUUCACUAGUUCUAAAUUGUAAAAAAUGAAGGUAAAGCUUAUAAAAAUAGGAAUUAACAGGUCCUCUAAUAGGUUUCUUGUUCUUUUUAGUGUCUUCUUUGUUGGUCUUCAUCCGAUCAGUUUUUCUGGGUAUGCCUGGUCAGUUUGUUUUUUCGGUUAUAUUCAAAAUGAACUAAAAGACUGAAUCUUUUUUUUUAAAUCACCCUGUUAAUAACUAUGUUUAGUUCGAUAUAAAAUUUGUUGCGUCAUUUUUAAUAAUAUUUAAUCGAUAUGAUUUUAAUCAAAAUAAUGUUGCAACGCCUCGUUUAAUUGUUAUAAAAAUGAUCUUAGAUGCAGGGUUUCAGGUUUAUUCGAAAUUUUGAAAACAAUCUCACAAAUACGAAAGUUAUUUAUAGGUUGAAUUUAUCUAUGUUACAGUUAAAAUCCGUUUUCAUUUAAUUCUAGUCACGAAUUUUAGAAUGUUUGAAUCCCUACCCUCAUCCACGCCAUCUGUUAUCACAUUUUAAUAAUCCCCUCCCCCUCCUGAUAAGUUUAUGCAUAUAUUUAAGAAACAAACUACUGGUUAACAAAAAUAAAUGACUAAUUUAAUUGGUAGUAGACAUGUGACAUCACAAAACUUCCCUCCUGGCUCCUUGUCAUACAUUGUCACAUUUCGGUGAUACCCUCCCUCUACAUUAACAUGUGACCUCUAAGGGAAGAUUAGUUUUUACAAACCCAUUCCGUUAAAACUUGUUUUUACAAGUCAAAACUAGUUUUUCUACAUUUUUCACUAGAAAAUACUGUUUCCGGUUGAAAAAUUUAUUGUUUUAAAAUUUUAUCCUAAUAGAACACUGAAAAGUCAGACUUUUUGAAAUAAACUUCCGUGGGGUAUUAUUUUUUUUUUGUACAAACCGUGAUUAUAAACAGGAACAUAGUGCCUUCCACCUGAGCCUGUAGAUUUUUCAGUAGCACUGCGAAGAGAUAAAAUUAUAUCUGGGAUUCCAUCCAAUGGUAGAAAUACCUCUGUAUAUGCAAUGAAUUUAGACCUAUAAUAAGGACUAUAAAAGUUUAUUUCAAUUGACCGUAGUUUUCACUACCGAUGAAAAGAUGUAGUUAACUCUAGUUUGACUAGUAAAAACUAGUUUUAACUGAAGAGAUUUGUUUCACUAGUUAAAACUAAAAUGAUCUGAAAACGGGUUUUAACUGUAACAUCUAAUAUAUCAGCUUUAUUUUGAUUUUUUUUGUUUAUGUUCUAAAAAUUUUUUUAAAAGUUACAAAAAAGUCGUUAACUGUUUGUUAUCUGCUUAAAAGCUGCAUUCUCAAGUAUGUAUCAUUAAAACUGUUGCAUCUAAGAAUUUUGUUACUUUUUAUUGUAUUAUUGUUCAUCUGGAUAUUUCCUAUUUUUUUAAAAUAAAUGUCAUGUCCCCGUUUUUUUUCGAAACUUCAGUGACUGUAUACUAGUUGAUACGCCAUCUCUCAACAGUUCUUAAAAAAUGUAAUGAUGAAUAUAACUACAAUUUUUUUUUAUUUCAUUAUAUAGAAGAAAUAAUUAGUUCGGUCAAUUUGAACAUACAAGGAUAUGGAAAUUAGCUUAAAGAUAAAAAUUUGUGAGAAUGUUGAGGAUAUAAAUGAAUGAUGAAAAUCUAGAAAAUAUUUAUUCCAUGCUAUAGGUCUCAAUAAUGGGUUUUUCAAUUUUUAGAAUCGUUAUAUCUCAAAAACUUAGUUACUUUUAGAAAAAAAUGUUGAGACAUUUUUGUAAAUACACUACAAUUUGUUUCUAACUUAAUUUCAUGAUAAAACGUUUUACUGAAAAAUGAAAAAACUCGAUUUUUCAAAUCUGACAUUCAAAAAGAUCUGGGUACGGUAUCGUUGGGAAUAGAUUUUUGUAACCCUUACUAUCAUUUUUAAGGGGUAAUUGGAUCGGAUUGAUAGGUCAAUAAAAUGAAGAUUCAAAUUAUAGUACGAAAGCAUGUAUUUUUUAAUAUGAAUUGAUGAUUUCAGAAUAUAUUACAAGGUUUUAUAAUUGAAAAAUGUUGAAUUUUAUUAGGGGAAGGAAAAAUAAUUAAAAACUGCCUCAAUAAUGACUAAAAACAUCUUGAAAAAAAGUUUCAGACAAAGACUUUAGGACAAAUGUUUUUGUCAAUUUCUGUUGUAUAACUUUUGACGUAUUUAUUUAAGAUAUUUAAAACAAUUGAAAUUUUCAUAUUAAAGCAGUUGAAAAUUAAAAAAAAAAUCGAAAAACGUGAAUUUGUCAAUAAUAAUCAGUUAUUUUUACUAAGAACAAUUUCAGAGAUGUAAUUAUUGGUUUUAUUAAUUCCUGAAAAGUAUUCAUAUUUUGAUAUUACUUUUUUUAAAUCGAUUUCACCGUUUAUUGAAAAAUGAAUGAAUUAAUAAAAAAAAUAAUCAGUGAUUAUCACACUUUGUAGAUACGAUAACAAAAAGGUUCAUAUUUUUUUAAUUUCCUUUUGCGAGAUCUCUGUUUCCAAUUUAUAAAAUGUGAUUCUAGACAACUUUUUAGAAAUUUUCAUCCCUUCAUUUUUUGUAAUCUAUUUUCACAUAUGUUUUCAAGAAAAUAGGAAAAGUUAUUUUUGGAGUAGUUUGUUUCUUUCUCUCAAAUAAAAUUCAAUAUUUCAUUUAUAAAUUCCAUGACUUUACGUUGAAAUCGACUUUUAUUGAAAAAUACAGGCUUGUCAUUUUUUAAUUGUUAUUUUAUUGGACUAUAAACUCAAGACACGAGACCCUCGUCGCCGAGUCUGUCACGCUUUCUAAGUUGAUAGCCGUCAUGAUAAUAUUCGCGAUUAUUGCUCUGCUGCUCUAUAAAUUUAUCUUGAAAAAAACGUUGCAAACGAAAAUUUAGGUUCCCCUCUUCAUAAAAAAAGGAAAUUGAACUUUCCAUCUCUCAUUUAUUUCCUUUGCUAUUUUUUCCCAAGUUUUUAUUAAUACUAGGCUACUAUUUUACUGCUGAAAAUAUUUGAUCCGCUAUUCGUUGCUUGUGCAUUACUUUCAUUUUUUUUAAAUGGUAUACAAGUUCAUGAUGUAUAUUAAUAGUUCAUAAUUGUUAAAAACGUAUUCUCAAAAUUAUAUUUUUAUAAAAAAUUUGAUGUUAAAUACACUCCCAAAUUUUCAAAAAUGUCGAUUGUAAACAUGGAAAAAUUGUAACAUUAUAUUUUCUUUGAGGCAAUUUUGAUAACCCAGUGUAGAAAAGUGUUAAUUUAUAAGUACACUUAUAAAUUAACCACUUUUUUUUAUCAAAAUAUUCAUUUUAUUUUAUUAACUAUAUUGUUAAACAUAAUAAAUAUGUAUAAUUUUUCCUCGUUGUACGACAUUUUAAAGCACCUCUAAAGAUGUAAAAAGAAAUUUGGUUAUAGUUUAGAAGGAGAAUGAAAGUUAAUAUUUUUGAAUAACAAAAAAGUAAUUGUAAAAGCAUAAACCCAGUUUUUAGGUUCGAAAACUAAAAUCCAGUCAUUCCAAAAGAUCUCGAUAACAUAUCAAUUUUAUUUUAGAUGUUAAUUUAUUUCAACAGUCGAUUCCGUUCAUUGAGUUGUAAAAAACAAUUUUUCCAUAUCUGAGUCUAGAUCAAAUUCUCAAUAAAAUCCGGUGAUAUGUGUAAAACUUUCAUUUUCCACAUUGUAUAAGUAUAUGAAAAUUUGAAAACCAAUUAGUUUACAUUGGUUAUCUAUAAAUAAAAAUAUCCAAUGCUAACUACAAAAAUUAAAAACAAAUAAUAGAUUUUUGUGAUUGGGGUUCAGGUUUUAAAAAUUUCAGUUCUUGAUACCAGUUUUUGGUGGUACUUCAAUCUAUUUUUGAAUUUUCAUUAACAAUUCUCAGUAUGAACAAUAAUUCAUUUAUUUGUCAUUCAGAUUUAAAAAAUUACUUGACUUUUUUAUUUAAAUUCCCUACAGUAGUAAGUAUAUUUUUUAAUAUUAUUUUUGUACAAGUAUUCUAUUAUUUAAAUGUCAAGUGUUUUUAUUAAAUAAAGAGUUUUUAGUUCACUGAUAUUAUGGACCCUAUCCUUUGAAAUAUAUUUUGUAAUAAUUUUUCUAUUAUUUCUUAUUUGUGUGUACAUAUUAAUGGUACUAAAGCAAUAAAAUACAUUUGUUUCUU